AUGUCCGUGGAAUGGAAGCGCGAUGCGACCGAAAUGCUGAUACAGUCGUACAAGAAGCAUCCGGUUCUGUACGAUAUGCGACAUCCGCGCUAUUACAACAAAACCGUCCGCGGGAAGGCACUCACGGAAAUCGUAGACGACGUGCUGCACUUACGACCGGAAACAACGAUGAAGGAUGUGGUGCGGAAAAUACAAACCUUGCGGACGCAGUUUGGGCAGGAGCUGACGAAAUCCCGUCGUCACUCGCUGAACGGAUCGGUGUACCAGCCGACGGUCUGGUGGUACCAGGGGCUCAGUUUCCUGCAGCACCACAUCAAACAUCGUUCCUUUGACCCUAACCCGGGAAUGGGAGAUUUGGAUAGCUGGAAGCCAGAGCCAGACGAUAACAGCAGCUUUAAUGUGUCGAUCGUACGCAACGGGAAAUCUUCGUCGCCGAAUGAUCUCAGCAAUCCCGACUACGAAAAUUCCGCGGAUGAGGUGGAAUACGAGACGGAGGUUCACUACGAGAUCAAUUCGAUCGAUUUGAAGGAUCUGAAAAGGGUUGAACUGAAGCCAAUUACAACCGUAUCAUCUACGGCAAAUAAGCGGGAAAGUAGUUGGUACCACGAUCGAGAUGAUCGUAAAGUGGCACGAACUUCCCAAACCGCGCGUAACGAACAAAAACGUAGGUCAGAGUCGCCUGCAACCGUGCAGGAAGAAGCCGAGGAACAAACUACGCCCACAUUGAUGGAACUGAAGCCCGUCAAUUCGUCAACCGAUAACACCCUGACACGUAACGAGACCAUCACAGACGAACGCCACAGAAGCUUGGGCAACUUUGUCGGCUCACAGUUGGCUAGCAUUAAGGACGAUUACUUGUACUACGAGACGCAGAUGGAGAUAUUGAACAUUAUGAAUCGGGGCAUUCUACGGCAGCUUGGUCUGGACAAGAGAAAUGCUAAAAGCGAUCAGGAGAGCAGUGGUGAGAAAUCGAAAGAAAAAUAA